CCCGCAUGCGCCGCGUAGGCAGCAUGAAUCUUCAACGGCGAUACGCCCCCGACGCUUGAUUCAGUAAUACCUAUUUAGCGUCAGUCACGAAGAAGCCUCCAACAUGUCGGACAAGGAAUUUGGUAGUAACGACGACUUGUCGCUUCCCAAGGCUACAGUCCAAAAGAUCAUCGCCGAAAUCCUCCCACAACUUCCUCAUGACACCACCGGCGGAGGUAAAGAAGGCGAGAUGACGUUUACCAGACCUGCUCGCGACUUGUUGAUCUCCUGCUCGCUCGAGUUUCUGCGCAUGUUGUCCUCCGAGUCCAACGAAAUAUCCGAACGUGAAUCCAAAAAGACCAUUAGUGUCGAACAUGUCGAACAAGCCUUGACCGAUCUCGGCUUCGGAAGCUACAUUGAAGGCUGUCGCGGGGUCGUGGGCGAAUGGCAGGAAGUACAGAAGAAGAGAGUCGGCCGUGGUGAGAAGAUGAGAAAUUUUGGUGGCUUCGAUAAGAUGGGCGAGGAAGAAUUGCGCAAGAUGCAAGAAGCUCUGCUCGGUGAAGCCCGAGGCAGAAUGGAAGGUCACAGUGAUCCGCAAGGGGAGUCAUGACGACCGCGUCCUUGUUCGUUCAGGAACCAAACUGUCGAGGUGGUUUAACCGACUAAACAACACAGAGGAAGACCUAUUCGCUUGCUGUCAUACACGCGGCGCCGUCGUUGGAGCUACUGGGGACACAGACAUUCCCCGCGCCACGACGAUCGAGUUCGCCGGCCAUGUGAACAUCCAGGGGUUUCCAAACACAGAUUACUUGCCCGAUCACGUCGUCCCGUCCGAUAAAGUCAACUUGUCAGUCUGAGGCCUCUUGAUGAGGGGAAAGAAGCCUCAUUUGGCACGCUACGUCCCGCUUCAGCUUCGGCAGAUAUCGACCAAGCAAAUACUGCAGAGAUCCGUCACAUAUUAUCAGAUACAGUCAUGGGUCUCGACAUUGACGGCGCAAUGCCACAGUCUGCGGCACCGUGAUGACGAUCGCCAUGGUCCAGCAACCGGCGCCUGUGAGCGUCGAUCGCUACGGGCGGCGCAUUUUGAUGCAAUCAAAAUCGAGAUAGGUCAUCAAUUUCAUACAUUCAAGACCGACUAUUUCUAUGCAUGUAGCUGCCGCUAUCUUUGAUUCGAUCUCGGAAUCGAACCAAACACCUUUGCACAUGUCAAUUGUGCAUCUGGCAAGGCUGUCGCAUCCAGCGAGGCGAGUCUGCAAAGUGCUGUUGAGCUCAUCGGAAUUAGAAUGCUCCUCCAGAUCAAGG